AUGCCUGGAGACGGUUACGAUCGUCACAUUACGAUCUUCUCGCCCGAAGGACGUCUUUAUCAGAUAGAGUACGCGUUUCGUGCCGCCAAAGAAUCCACGCUAACAUCGGUGGCUGUACGCGGCAAAGACAGCGCUGUAUUCGUGACGCAGAAGAAAGUUCAGGAUAAGCUUAUUGAACCUGACUCGGUCACCAAUGUAUUCCGUAUCACGCCCGAAAUCGGCUGUUUGAUGACGGGUCUCUACGCCGACUCGAAAGCGCAGGUGCAGCGUCUGCGCUUUGAAGCGCACGAGUUUGAGAACAAGUUCGGGUACAAGAUCCCUUGUCACGUGCUGGCUAAGCGUAUUGCCGAUGUGGCACAAGUGUACACUCAGCAUGCGUCCAUGCGUGCGUUUGGCGUCAUCACGAUGCUCAUUAGUGUGGACGACGAAAAGGGUCCGCAGCUCUUCAAAAUCGACCCGGCCGGUCAUUUUUGGGGAUACAAGGCCACGUCUGCGGGUGUUAAAGAGCAGGAGGCCCAGAAUUACCUUGAAAAGAAGAUAAAGGCUAAUCCAUCUAUGGAUUACGAGACGACGCUUCACACAGCGAUCACGUGUCUCCAGACGGUACUAUCGGCAGACUUUCGUCCUAAUGAAAUUGAAGUGGGCGUCAUUUUGGAGGGCCACCGGUUCCGUAAACUAACCGAGGAUGAGAUUGAGAUGCAUUUGACUGCCAUCAGCGAGCGUGAUUAA